GCUGGCACUGCCUCGGAACUCCACUGCCCGCCGGCAUUCACAUGUCGUAAUGCGAUCACGAGCCAGCGUCCCCCAAAGCGUUCCUUUCUCCAACAGCAAACGACUCAUGCCUCCAAUGCGACCACGUGCUUAGCUGGAAUUUCCCAAGCGUACACACACGAAGCUGAGACCGUCCGUCGCCAUCGAACAAACAGAACCUCAAUUGCGACGCAUUCUGCGCUCCUCCAUCCGUCGGCAAUAGCGUCGCACAUCUUGCAGAGUUGAGUUUCCAUCCGGUGAUGGCUGUGCAUUCGUAGCAGCAUCAUACCCGCGGCGAGCCUGCCCGACUCGAUCCCACCAUAACCACUACGUACCGUAAUCCCCGUCAUCGUCGCCGCCAUGGCCGAACAAUCAACCCUCCGCCAAUCGGCCGCAGAAGAGGCCAUCGCCGCCUUCUUCGAGAAAUACACAACCCUCAUCCGCUCCCGCCUCCAAAGCACAUCUCGCACAACUCGCCUGCUCGGAACACUUGCCCUCGCUGCAUCCAUCAUCCUGGGCGCCGCAGGAGGCAGGCGCUGGUGGAGACAGCGCCGCGAGGAAAGGGAACAGGGCCGCAAGCUCGUCCGCACAAACUCGUGGCUGCACAAUAAGGAUGGCUCCCGCACAAUUUAUGUCCCUUACAAGGAUGGCACCUCCAAGGUCGUCAUCCAGACGACCAAGCCGCUGACAUUCGAGGCCCAUCGCCGGCUCUUCCUCAACCCGCCACGGGUGUCCGGCCUCGGCGACGGUACCGUACCCGCGGCGCAGACCAAACCCGGGCUGAACUUGGCUUUUCUGCACCAGUUUCUGAGUCUGAUGAGCAUCAUGAUUCCGAGAUGGUCGAGCAAAGAAGCCGGCUUGCUCCUAAGUCACAGCGUAUUCUUGAUGCUUCGCACAUACCUGUCCCUUGUCGUCGCCCGACUUGACGGUGAGAUCGUGCGCGAUCUCGUCGCAGGGCAGGGCAAGGCCUUUCUCUGGGGACUCGUGAAGUGGUGCGGUCUUGGAGGUUUUGCAUCGUAUACCAAUGCGAUGAUCAAAUUUCUUGAGUCCAAGGUGUCCAUCGCUUUCAGGACCCGUCUUACUCGGUAUAUCCACGACCUCUACUUGAACAACAACCUAAACUAUUACAAACUCUCCAAUUUGGAUGGAGGCGUAGGCCAGGGUGCGGACCAGUUUAUCACACAAGAUCUGACAUUAUUCUGCGCCGCCGCGGCGAACCUGUACUCGUCGCUUGGCAAGCCUUUUGUCGACCUUUGCGUCUUCAACUACCAGCUCUUCCGGUCUCUGGGUCCGCUAGCUCUCACGGGGCUCCUGAGCAACUACUUCUUGACAGCAAGCAUUUUGCGCCGACUUUCGCCGCCCUUUGGCAAGCUCAAGGCGGUUGAGGGCCGCAAGGAGGGCGACUUCAGGAGUCUGCACGCGCGCCUGAUCGCCAAUGCCGAAGAAAUCGCCUUCUACGGCGGCGCCGAUAUGGAGAAGCAGUUCCUCAACAAAGAGUUCAAGUCGCUCAAGAAUUGGAUGGAAGGCAUCUACAUGCUCAAGAUUCGUUACAACAUGCUUGAGGAUUUUAUUCUCAAGUAUAGCUGGAGUGCCUACGGCUACCUCCUGUCAUCGCUACCAGUAUUCCUCCCAGCGUGGGGUGGCCUGGGCGGCGCUGCCGAGCUGGACCAGAAUGCCCCGAAAGGCAGCAGGGAGCGUGGUCGUAUGAAGGAGUUCAUUACCAACAAACGUCUCAUGUUAUCGCUGGCAGACGCUGGCGGCAGAAUGAUGUAUUCUAUCAAGGACCUGUCGGAGCUCGCUGGAUACACUAGCCGAGUUUACACGCUCAUCUCAACGCUCCACAGAGUCCAUGCCGAUGCCUACUUCCUUCGCGGACAACAAAACGAGCUGUACUCGCUUUCGGAUGUCCAGGGAACCAUCCAGAAGGGAUUCGAUGGAGUCAGAUUUGAGAACGUGCCUAUUGUUGCACCGUCACUGUGGCCCAAUGGCGGCGACGAGCUGAUGGAAUCGCUCUCCAUGGUCGUUAGGAGAGGAGAGCACCUUCUCAUCUCGGGACCCAACGGUGUGGGAAAGACGGCGAUUGCUCGCAUUCUUGCGGGUCUUUGGCCAGUGUAUCGGGGUCUUGUUAGUCGACCCAAGGAUAUUGGCCAGGAUGGCAUCAUGUUUUUGCCGCAGAGGCCAUAUCUCAGCAUCGGCACGCUCCGUGAUCAGGUCAUCUACCCCGAUGGCCAUCACGAUAUGCGUGAGAAAAGAAAGUCCGAAGACGACCUAAAGCGUAUCCUAGAGGAUGCUCGUCUCGGUUACCUUCCCGACCGUGAAGGUGGCUGGGACACCCGUAAAGAGUGGAAGGACGUUCUCAGUGGUGGUGAGAAGCAGCGCAUGGGUUUCGCUCGUGUCUUGUACCACGAGCCUCAGUUUGCAAUCCUCGACGAAGGAACCAGCGCUGUGUCCCAAGACGUCGAGGGACUUCUCUACGAGGUGUGCAAGGAGAAGGGAAUCACUCUCAUCACCAUCUCAACUCGCGCUUCCCUCAAGAAGUACCACACCUACAACCUUAUACUUGGAGGAGGAGAGCGCGGCGACGAAUGGGAAUUCGAAAGAAUCGGAACGGAGCGGGAGAAGAUGCAAGUCGAGAAAGAGCUCCAGGAUCUCCGGGAACGCCUUGAGCAAGUGGAGACAUGGAAGGCGAGACGGCAGGAGAUCGAGGAAGAGCUCUCGCGUGUGUGGGUGGCUGGUGGUGACGAGUUGGACCCUCCGUCAUAUGCCGCGAGUGAGAGCGAAUCGGCGAAGAGCAAGGGCAAGGGUAAUGAGUCGCUGCAGGAGGUGCAGGGUGAUGCUUAAGAGGAAACGCUCAGCUGAUCCUGCAUCUGCACGACCAUCAUAUACCUCAUUCAUAUACGGUUAUCUGGUUAUCUGGAAAGGAGGGUGAUUUUCACCGUGUUCAACGAGAGAAAGAGCCGUGUAUCAACAGUUUGGCUCAUAGAACCGCGCGAAACAUAUGGCUUCCUCACUAAGUAUAUUUCCAUAGUUUUAGGCUACGAACGGCCCAUGUCUUCACGAUGCAAUCCACCCGUCUGCUCGUCGUUAACAUUGCCAUUCUAGCUUCGUGAUCUCUGAGCCUCACAAGAAGCCCCCUCCAACCUCCGACUAUAGUUCACUUCGUCGCUGGGAUUGUGCGGCGAACGCCCUGCUGUAAACAGAUAAUCCAAUUUGCGCCACCUUCAAGUUGAUGCCGCGUAGACCUGGCCUCUCGAAAAUGGCACUUUGCUAGUAGUUUCGUG